AUGUCGCUAGACUCUCUGAUGAGAGACCUUGAGCGUCGUGUAGACAGCGGACUUGAUUUGGUAAAUUCCCUUUCGUCCAGCCAGCAGGGCUAUGCUGGGGAAGUCACUGUUGAACCUGUUGUCUUCGCUCGAAAACUUCUGUCAGAUGCUCGGCGGUCUAUCUCGCACUUCAGCCAUGUCCCGCUCGACUACCGGAGCUUUGUCCAUUAUCUUGCUGACAGUCGACUUCCAAUCAUAGAUCCAUUGUCGGUGGAAUGGGGCGAUUUCCUCGGCAGUGGGUGGACUAUGAGCGUGUAUAGCGGCCGUUGGACAUCAGAGGAUUCAAAAUCUCGAAUUGUUGCUCUUAAGCAACUGAACCUGGAUGUAGCCUACAGCAUGUCAUCGCAGGACGAGUCUGCAAAAGACUAUAGGACAAAAAUGGCAUCUUUCACCAUGGAACUUCGUCUGAUGUCGCAUGAGCUCCUCAAGAGUCAUCCAAAUAUCGUACGACUUCGUGGAAUCACCUGGAAGCAACAGCAGAGCUCCCUCUUGCAUGACCUGAUCACGACACCGGUUCUGAUCGUUGAGAGGGCAAGUCUUCGCCUCAAUAUGCCAUUGACAUUAGAGAGUCACGUCCUAACGGAAACAUCUGGCCGCCUUUCCGGAGAAGAAAUGGCUCGGCUAUUACACCAUGUAGCUUCUGGUCUUCGUGCUUUACAUGCGCUCGGCGUUGUACACGGUGACAUGAAACCAAGCAACGUACUGCUUUUCGAGGCGCAGGAUGGCCUCUCUGCCAAAAUAUCUGAUUUCGGCUUCUGCAUUGUGAGCGAUAACAGGGUGGAAGCGUUGAGGGGUGGCACCGCUUUUUGGAGCCCUCCAGAGUGUCUUCCUCAUGCCUCCCCUGACGCUAGCAUCCAGCGUCUUAAGGAUACUAGGGACUACUAUUCGUACGGCCUCAUUGGUUUAUUCGUGCUAUUUGGACGGAUUCCCUUCAGAGGCGAUGAGGAAGCGAUAACUGUAGCUAAGAACGAGGAUCUCAUGAAGCAACACCUUGACGAGAUGUUCAUGUCACAUUUCCCGGCUGACGAGUUGCUGAAGACAGGCCACGAACUUGUCAUUCGGUUUCUUGUACAGUGGGUCCUCGUUCGUGAUCCAGACGCCAGGCGGUUCAGUUUCGACUUAUAUCUUGAUCGGCUGACAAGCAGCUCAUGGCUGGAGAUCGCGAAACAGACUUUGCAAUCUAGGAUGUGGGAUGCCGAAUGGCAGCGAUUUGGAGAACCCAGCGCCCGGCUCAGACUGUUAUCUGAGGCCCCACUUGACUCUCUCUAUCAUUUGACAAUCGACCAUACAAUGGACCAUUGGGGCUCCUUGCAACAGUACGAACGAACCCCGGAACUCACCACGCUGGACAGCCUUCAAAGCUCUUAUGUCCCCGAACCAUUCCAAAGGGCAAUAUUUCAGAAUACUUGGGAAAGAGUACAUCAGGACCGAGCGCCAAAUGUUGUUCUCAAGCAAAAGUUCGUGGCCAAUUGCUACAGUACUGGCUUCGGUGUUCAGCGAAGCACCGAAAAAGCCCUCGAGUGGUACCAAAAGGCGGCCGAACAAGGGGAUGCGGACGCAGCGAAGUCAUUCCUACAGAUUGCCGGUUUCCAUCGCUCCCGCGAAAGGCUCGGUCUGGAACAGCACUGCAAUCUUAUGUUGCAGGUAUUGCUGGUUGAGUUUAUCCCUGAGGGCGCGGAAGGAAAGGUCCAAAAAGACUUACAGUCCAUCACGGUCCUGAGGAAUCAAGUCCUUUGUGAGCCAGCCAUUUCAGAAGCAGCGCUGCAGCAGGCUUUGGAAACCUCCUUCGUUCGGACGGCUGCCUACAUUUCGGAGGAGAGAAGAGCCGAGAUAUUCAAAAGAAACAGGAAAUUCCCAGAAGCGUUUCAAGCCAUCGAGAACGAUGAUGUGGAAGAUUUACGUCGAAUCAUCAUCCUCCACGAGAAGACAGAUAACCAGCUCGUCCCCAUCAAUCAUCUGUUGCACUACGCGGUGGCCCAUGGAAGGGCGGGCCUAGUCUACUCUCUCAUCCAUGAAUUUGGAGCAGAUGCGAGAGCGCGUGACGAGGAUGGUCUGACACCACUAGCCCUUGCACUCAGGUUGAGUAAGACACAAGUCGUUCGGGUGCUGCUGUUUUCCGACAAAGUGGGAGGAAUUCGUGUAGAUGACGCUGCAAUGGACACUGCCUCGUCAGGAGAAGGAGAAAUCGUUCAAAUUCUGCAUGCGAAUUUUGUGCAAGGCACGACAGCUGAGAAAUCCACGGGGUCAAGCAUGAGUCUUCUUGAACGAUGGUCAUUCUUCUCGCUGCUCCCGGCCAUGGUCAGCAACAAUUGGAGCAGCUUUUGCACCAUAUUGAGCCUGGGAAUUGAUCCAAACACUUCAUGUCCGCCUGAGUUUGCAUCUGCCACGACAUUCUUCGCGCCUGCUCUUUUAGCGGCUACUACUUACAACGCCUUAAUGCUCGUGGCGGUGUUAGCCUUCGGGGCUUCUGCUGAUAUCAGAGUACCUCUGCCUGAUGGCCGAACGCCUCUGCAUCUAGCAUGUGGUAACUACUUUCACGCAUCGUCUGGCUUAGACGAGGAUUCUCCAGAACUUUUUCGACGGUGGCCUUUGGACAAGACGCAAGUAAGGGAGGAGUAUUUACCAGGCUUGCAAAGAUUCUGCAUUACGAUCUUGCUGCGUUUCGGGGCUGAUCUUGAGGCACAAGACUAUCACGGCAACACACCACUCAUGUAUGCAUUGGAAAAUGGACGCGAUCUCGUGGCUGCAACGGUGCUUAUGGAGCACGUUCCAAGAGCAAAUAUCAAUACCACAGACUUCCUCAAAAAUACAGCAUUACACAAGGCGUUCGAUCAGCAGAGGGAUGUCAUUGACUUCUGUCUAAGACACGGAGCCGAUGUCGAACUGAAAAAUCAUAUGGGGGAAACUGCACUUGGCGUGGCGGCCAAAGAAGGCUCAAUGACGAGGUGCGCCCAUUUACUCGACGCCGGAGCGCUAAUCGAUGCUCGUGAUGAGAACGGGCAGAAUUGUAUGCACGUCGCUCUCCAAAAGUCACACGUCGACAUUGUGCGCAUGUUCCAAGGAGCUAUACGAAACAAGUCUGGCGAAGGCCUACAACGCAUCUUGCUGGAUGAAGAUUGCCGGGGAUGGACCUGCUUGCAUACAUGCAUUCAGAAGUGCGCAGAAGACGAGGCAGUCUUUCACUCCAUAUUCUCUGAGUGGCUUUCGCUAUGCCCGGAAGAGUGGAUUGACCGCCAAGACGCCAAUGGCUGGUCUAUGCUGCAUAUGGCUGUUUCAUACAGUCUCGAAUGCUGUCGGACCUUGCUUGAGCAUGGGUCGUCACCUACCCUCGCAGACACGGUUUUGGGAUGGACGCCGCUGCACAAUGCCUGCAACGAAGCGAAUUUUGAUAUUAUUAACCUGAUGCUGCAACACGGCGGGGAUAUGAACAAAGCAGACCAUUAUCGUGGUUGGACACCGACAGAUCUGUUAACUCAAGCCACUGACGCAGUCCGCCUAGCAGAUGGAGACGACUUUGAUCCGGGGGAAAGCGAAAGCGAUGGAGGUGAAAUCCAAACCGAAGAUACCGACAUUGACGCCGUACUUUUCGAUGAAGGAUACAACCUUUCGCCAGAUGAGCUUCGACACAUAGCACUAAGGAUGGCACUUAGCAUGCAAGAAAGUGAAAGCGAUGAAGAUGAAGAUGAAAACCAAGCCGAAGGCAUCGACACGUACGCCGUAAACGAAGGAUACGACAUUUCGCCGGAUGAGCGGCGACACAUAGCACUAAGGAGGGCACUCAUCAUGCAGAAAGUGUCGCUAUACUUCACACGCGAAGCAUUGAGCCGAGUUGCUCGAUCGAUGCAACAAGUCGACUUCGACGGACUCGUCGAAGCAGAGCGAGGCAAGGUCUUCCCGCAGCUUCUUGCUCAGACAGGUGCAAAGACUAGUCAGGGUCCUAGCACGGAUGAGCGAGAAACGAAACUGUCACUCCAGGUCAGGUUGAAUGAGCAAAGGAACCUACCCUCGUGUUUCAUUAUGAAUGAUACAGGAGUGUGCGUCGACAGGUACUACAUUUUCCCCUCAGCCUCGAAAAGCCCAAGAGAACGCUGA